UCUGAAUUUGGGGUGUGGAUAGAUUUGGAUUAUAAGAAGCAGAGGGGGAUCGCGUGCAUAUAUCUAUAUCCAAGUCCAUAACAGUAAACACAAGCAUUUUCGCUGCAAGUCAAACCCCACCAAUUUCACCCAUUUUUUACGGUAUCUUCCCAAAAUUAUUGCUACUGUUUCGCGGCGGUGUAUUCAUUUCUCUCCGGCGAUUGUACAAAUUGAUGAUCGACGGCAGCUCGCCUGACGCGUCGGCCUGUGCGGCGGUGCCCGACUGCGGUGGACUGGAUUCCGACCUCUGCGGCGAGGCGGUGGUGGUUGGGAAGGGUUGAUUGAGGAUACCAAGUAUUUCUGUUGUAGAAAUGAAGAAAGGCAAGGGGAAGACCGGCAAAUUGCUGCCUAAUUCUUUGAGGAUUAUCUCGUCUUGUAUCAAAACGGUGUCGACUAAUGCUAGCACCGCUGUGCGCUCCGCCGGAGCAUCCGUCGCCGCCUCCAUUUCCAACCCAGGAGACGAUCGGAAAGAGCAGGUUUUGUGGGCUGGCUUUGACAAAUUAGAGCUCAGUGCAACUUCCAUCAGAUGUGUCCUAUUACUUGGUUAUCUGAAAGGUUUUCAGGUCUUCGAUGUUGAGGAUGCCUCUGGCUUAAGUGAACUGGUAUCUAAGCGUGAUGGACCAGUUACCUUCUUACAGAUGCUUCCAACUCCUGCAAAUUGUGAUGGUACAGGAAAGUAUAAAUCAUCACAUCCUAUACUGGUGGUGGUUGGUGGGAAUGAGGAUGAAAGAAUCCCAUCAGCUCAGUUUACUGGUCAAGGCAAUGGUAGAUAUGGUCCGACAGAAACAUCGUUUGGGAGCCUGAUAGAACCCCCUACUGCUGUUCGGUUUUACUCAAUGAAGUUGAAUGAAUAUGUAAAGGUUGUUGACUUCAAAUCAGCAGUAUUCAUGGUUAGAUGCAGCUCCCGAGGCGUAGCUAUUGGUCUCGAAGAACAAAUUUACUGCUUUGACAACCUUACUCUUGAGAAGAAAUUUAUAGUUAUAACCUAUCCUGUACCGCGAGUUGGAGAGCAAGGAUCAUUUGGAAUCAACACAGGCUAUGGUCCAAUGGCUUUGGGUUCAAGGUGGUUGGCUUAUCCCCCUAAUCGCCCGUUCCUGUUAACUACAGGAAGGGUGAGUCCAAAAAGCCUUGCCUCCAGUGUAAGUCCAUCAACAUCUCCAGGUAGUGGCACCAUAAUGGCUCGUUAUGCAGUCGAGUCUAGCAAACACUUAGCUGCAGGAUUGCUCACCCUGGGGGAUAUGGGAUACAAGAAAUUUUCUAAGUAUUAUCCAGAGUUGGUUCCUGAGAAUGCUAGUGGUUCUCCUGGCUGGAAAGCUGGAAAACUAGCAGCAUCUGAACCUGAGAGUGCCGGAGUGAUUGUUGUGAAGGACCUUGUUUGCUCAGAAGUUAUAGCACAAUUUAGGGCUCAUACAAGUCCAAUAUUGGCUUUGUGUUUUGACCCAAGUGGAACCCUUCUGGUUACGGCUUCUGUACAUGGAAAUAACAUGAACAUCUUUAGGAUCAUGCCUUCCCAUAAAUGUGGGGGAUCAGGAUCCAGUGACUGGAGCACUUCCUAUGUGCACCUUUACAAGCUUUAUCGUGGCAUAACAAGUGCAGUCAUCCAGGAUAUUUGCUUUAGUCAUUACAGCCAGUGGAUUGCUAUUGUAUCAGCAAGAGGAACUUGCCAUAUCUUUGUUCUGUCUCCCUUUGGAGGAGAUGAAGGUUUUCAUACUUUACAUAAACCUGGGCAAGGCACCUCUCUGUUUUUAGCUUCCACUCGACCAUGGUGGUUUACGCCAUCUUUUACUGUUAAUGAGAAGCCUUCUUUGUCUCCACCUCCUUGCACCAUAUCUGUCAUCACCAGGAUAAAGUGCAGUGACUCUGGGAUAAUUAAUUCAGUAAGCAAUGUUGCUGCCUCAAUGGUGGGUAAGUUAUGGGUGCCUUCUGGAGCUGUUGCUGCGAUCUUUCAUAAUUCUAACUCUAUUGGUUCUCUGGAUGUUAAGUCAACUGGUACCUCGCUGGAGCAUUUAUUAGUGUUUACGCCAUCAGGCUUUGUGGUUCAGCAUGAAUUUUUAUCCUCAAUGGGCCCUGAACUGAUUGGGACUAGAACUGAAUCUUUGUCAGCCCCACAAACCAACCCUCAAAAUGAGGAGUUAAGGGUGAAAGUAGAACCCAUUCAAUGGUGGGAUGUAUGCCGAAGAUUGGAUAACAUGGAAAGAGAGGAGUGCAUUUCUGGCAGUAUCUUUGAUGGACUGGAUGAUGCAGAAAUUGAUGAGGAUUCCAAAAUGGUUUUCCGGGAGAAUGCAAGUGCUGGUGACAAGAAACUUGCUAAGUCUGAUUCUCUGAAGUCACUAGAUAGAUCUCACUGGUAUUUGUCAAACGCAGAAGUACAUAUAAACUCUGGCAGGAUACCAAUAUGGCAAAAGUCAAAGAUGCAUUUCCACGUAAUGGAAUCUCCACUAGCAGAAUGUUAUCCAGGUGGGGAGUUUGAAAUUGAGAUGGCUUCUUCACAUGAGCUUGAAAUACGGCAUAAAGACUUGUUGCCAAUAUUUGACAAUUUUCCUAGAGCAAGAUCUGGCUGGAAUGACAGGUCUAUACCUUCCGAUGGAAAAUACCUUAGUGCUUCUGUGAAUAAUUCUAAGCAAAAGACUAAUGAAGCAAGUAUUAUUUUUCAUUCAAAGCUACCCUCUUUUAGCUCUACAGAAAGCUCAGAAGGAGGGUCAUCCAGACGAAUGGAGAAUUUGCUUGAUUUGGAUCACAUGAGCUUUGACAGAUCUCCGAUUGUUGUUGGUCAUGCUGAGAGUAAGACCAGUGUCAAGGGGUGUAUGCCAAUUAUUCCAUGUCCUUCACAAAACACCUGCAAUGGAAAUCUUCUUUUGGAUAAUGCUGCAAUCAGUAGGUCAUCCUCACUGGGGAAUGAGAUGCAGUUGCUGAAUGUUGACAAUCCCGACUCAGACACAGACAUCGUUAUGCCUUCGAGGAACGAUGUAACUGUAGAUUUUGCUCCGUUAUUUAAGGAAGGGUACUAUAACAAGCCAGAGCUUCCCGAUCAUCGGCAGUCAACUGAAGUUAUAACGCAUGAGGCAAAUUCUGGUGAUAACACGCAUGAAGAGGAGAAGUUGGAGGACGAGGAAGGGCCUCAAGAGGAAGGUUGGAUUGGAGGGAUGUUCGAUUUCUCUGAAGACUGCUAAAUCAGAAUCCAGUUCGACGGGAAGGAACAAAAUCGUGACAAUAUACAUGAUAUGAUACACGUGCACCUUACUGCCCUAUGUGGUAUGUAUACUGUUGUAAAUAUAACAUUCUGGUUUAUGGAGAAGAUGAAUUUGGGUUUUCUCACGUUUGCUGUAUUAUCUUCUGUACAGAUGAUAGAACUUAGUUGCUUUGUGUAACAUUUGUUUUCCAUGGAAAAAGGAGUGAAAUGGAAAUAUGGAAAAGUAAUUCAACACCAACAUUUCAUUAAUCAGAUUCCCUUCAUUUUAGUGAAA